CCUCCGCCCAGGCUGCGCCCCCGCGUCUCCAUAGCGAUCUCCCCGGCGCGCACCUCCGGGCCGGCUCCCCCCCGGGCUGAACAAUACUCGGCUGGGCCAGGGGCGGGGCCGGGCCGGGGGCGGGGAGAGCGCGGGCUGAGGGGGCGCGGGACGAGCGCACCGCCCAGGCAGCAGCCGGCCGCCGGGGUCUGAGCGGCGCGGUGCGACCCAGCCCGCUCCGGGAGCGCAGCCCCCGCCCUGCGCCGGACCCGCCCCGCUUCCCACGCCGCCGGGCCGAGCCCGCGCAGGAGCCACCUGGAGCCGCCUGCAGCCUCUGCCGCCACCGCAGGUUGAUGCGCGGCGCCCUCCCGGGACGCGAGGAGGAGCCAUCUUGAAACCAACUUAUCAAACUUUCGCAAAGUGCUCUCGAGGUGGAAGCUGCGGGGGAGACCGGGAGCGCGGCCCCCGGUGCCCCCGCCGGGGCCCCCAGGGAGGCAGGGCGCGGGCCGCCCCGAGGGUCGGGCGCCGGGCGCGCGGGAGCCGCCCCCCGGCCGCGCCGGGUGGAUGAGGAGCCGCGCCGGGUGCAUGGAUUGUGCUCCAGCGCCCGGCUCGGGCUCGGGCUCCGGGCCAUGGCGCCGCCGCCGCCGCCCGCGCUGCCCGCGCUGCUGCUCCUGGCUGCCGCCGCCGCCCUACCGGUGUUGGGGCUUCCAGUGGCUGCCUGGGAGCUGCGCGUGCCCGGCGGGAGCCGCGCCUUCGCCCUCGGUCCCGGCUGGACCUACGCGCUGGACGCCGCGCGCACCCCCAGGGCGCUACGAGAGCUGCUAGACGUGAGCCGAGACGGGCGGCUGGGUGGGCGUCGGCGCGGGCCGGGUGCGGGGCCCCGGGGCUGCGCGCGCCUUGGGGGACGCCCGCUGCCGCUGCAGGUCCACCUGGCAGCGCGCGGCGCCCCGGCAGCGCUGAGCCUCCGCCUGCCGGCGCGCGCGCACGGUCCGGGAUGUGGCGCCCGGCUGCGGCCAGGACGGGCGAGCAGCGCGGAGCUGCGCGCGAGGGCUGUGCUCACGGCGCCCGGGCCUGGCGCGGCCCUCUGCUUCCCGGCCGCCACCGGCGGUGGGGCGGUUCUGCACUCGGCGCUGGCGGCCCUGACCACCUUCCCGGCCUGCAGCUGCCCGCUGCACCCCGGACGCCGCUGCUCACGCCGCGCCGUCUGCCUGCCGCCCGGUGGCUCGGCCCGCCUGCGCCUGCUGUGUGCCCUGAGGCGCGGGGCCGGCGCCAUCCGGGUGGAGCUGGAGUUAGAAGCCGCUUCGGGGACGCCCUCCCCGUCGCUGUCGCCGGGGCAGCCGCGGCCAACCCGGCCCCAGGCCGAGACCCAGGCGCGGGCGGCGAGGCGGGCCCGGCGGGGCGCGGGCGGCAGCACCAGCCCGCAGUUCCCGCUGCCCAGCUACCAGGUGUCGGUGCCUGAGAACGAGCCGGCGGGCACCGCGGUCAUCGAGCUGCGCGCGCACGACCCCGACGAGGGCGAGGCGGGGCGGCUGAGCUACCAGAUGGAGGCGCUGUUCGACGAGCGCUCCAAUGGCUUCUUCCGCAUCGAUGCCAGCACGGGCGCGGUGAGCACGGCCCGCCCGCUGGACCGCGAGACCAAGGACACGCACGUGCUCAAGGUGAGCGCCGUGGACCACGGCAUGCCGCGGCGCUCCGCCGCAACCUACCUCACUGUCACCGUCAGCGACACCAACGACCACAGCCCGGUGUUUGAGCAGUCCGAGUACCGGGAGCGCGUGCGCGAGAACCUGGAGGUGGGCUACGAGGUGCUGACCAUCCGCGCCACCGAUGGCGACGCGCCCUCCAACGCCAACAUGCGCUACCGCCUGCUGGAGGGCUCCGGCGGCGUCUUUGAGAUCGACGCGCGCUCGGGCGUGGUGCGCACCCGCGCUGCCGUGGACCGGGAGCAGGAAGCCGAGUUCCAGCUGCUGGUCGAGGCCAACGACCAGGGCCGGAACCCGGGCCCGCGCAGCGCCACGGCCACCGUGCACAUCGUGGUGGAGGACGAGAACGACAACUACCCCCAGUUCAGCGAGAAGCGGUACGUGGUCCGGGUGCCUGAGGACGUGGCGGUGAACACGCCCGUGCUGCGCGUGCAGGCCACGGACCGGGACCAGGGCCAGAACGCGGCCGUGCACUACAGCAUCGUCAGCGGGAACCUGAAGGGCCAGUUCUACCUGCACGCGCUGAGCGGGAGCCUGGACGUGAUCAACCCGCUGGACUUCGAGGCCAUCCGCGAGUACACGCUGCGCGUCAAGGCCCAGGACGGGGGCCGGCCGCCGCUCAUCAACGCCUCGGGGCUGGUGGCGGUGCAGGUGCUGGACGUGAACGACAACGCCCCGAUCUUCGUGAGCAGCCCCUUCCAGGCGGCCGUGCUGGAGAACGUGCCCCUGGGCCACUCCGUGCUGCACAUCCAGGCGGUGGACGCGGACGCGGGCGAGAACGCGCGGCUCCGCUAUCGCCUGGUGGACACGGCUUCCGCCUCCGCGGGGGGCGGCGGGGCCCAGGAGCCCGCCUCGGCGGCCGCUGCCGAAUUCCCCUUCCAGAUCCACAACAGCUCGGGCUGGAUCACCGUGUGCGCGGAGCUGGACCGCGAGGCGGUGGAGCACUACAGCUUCGGGGUGGAGGCGGUGGACCACGGCUCGCCGCCCAUGAGCUCCUCCGCCAGCGUGUCCAUCACGGUGCUGGACGUGAACGACAACGACCCCGCGUUCACGCAGCCCACGUACGAGCUGCGCCUGAACGAGGACGCCGCGGUGGGCAGCAGCGUGCUGACGCUGCGGGCCCGCGACCGCGAUGCCAACAGCGUCAUCACCUACCAGCUCACGGGCGGCAACACCCGCAACCGCUUCGCGCUCAGCAGCCAGAGCGGCGGCGGCCUCAUCACGCUGGCGCUGCCGCUGGACUACAAGCAGGAGCGGCAGUACGUGCUGGCGGUGACCGCCUCGGACGGCACGCGCUCCCACACGGCGCAGGUCUUCAUCAACGUCACCGACGCCAACACCCACCGGCCGGUCUUCCAGAGCUCCCACUACACGGUGAGCGUCAGCGAGGACCGGCCCGUGGGCACCUCCAUCGCCACCAUCGUGGCCACCGACGAGGACACGGGCGAGAACGCACGCAUCACCUACGUGCUGGAGGACCCCGUGCCGCAGUUCCGCAUCGACCCCGACGGCGGCACGGUCUACACCACCACGGAGCUGGACUACGAGGACCAGGCCGCCUACACGCUGGCCAUCACGGCCCGGGACAAUGGCGUCCCGCAGAAGUCGGACACCACGUCCCUGGAGAUCGUCGUCCUGGACGCCAACGACAACGCGCCCCGCUUCCUGCGGGGCUUCUACCAGGGCUCGGUCUUCGAGGACGCCCCGCCGUCCACCAGCGUCCUGCAGGUCUCGGCCACCGACCGGGACUCGGGCCCCAACGGCCGCCUGCUCUACACCUUCCAGGGCGGGGACGACGGCGACGGGGACUUCUACGUCGAGCCCACGUCGGGCGUGAUCCGCACCCAGCGCCGGCUGGACCGCGAGAACGUGGCCGUGUACAGCCUGCGGGUCCUGGCGGUGGACCGGGGGAGCCCCGCGCCCCUCAGCGCCUCCGUGGAGGUCCAGGUGACAGUGCUGGACAUCAACGACAACCCGCCGGUGUUCGAGAGGGACGAGCUGGAGCUGUUUGUGGAGGAGAACAGCCCCGUGGGCUCCGUGGUGGCCAGGGUCCGGGCCGAGGACCCGGACGAGGGCCCCAACGCCCAGAUCAUGUACCAGAUCGUGGAGGGCAACGUGCCCGAGGUCUUCCAGCUGGACCUGCUCAGCGGGGACCUGCGCGCCCUGGUCGAGCUGGACUUCGAGGCCCAGCGGGAGUUCGUGCUGGUGGUGCAGGCCACCUCGGCGCCCCUGGUGAGCCGGGCCACGGUGCGCGUCCGCCUCCUGGACCAGAACGACAACCCGCCGGUGCUGCCCGACUUCCAGAUCCUCUUCAACCACUACGUCACCAACAAGUCCAACAGCUUCCCCACCGGCGUCAUCGGCCGCAUCCCGGCCCGCGACCCCGACCUCUCCGACAGCCUCAACUACACCUUCCUGCAGGGCAACGAGCUGCAGCUGCUGCUGCUGGACGCGGCCACGGGCGAGCUGCAGCUCAGCCGGGACCUGGACAACAACCGGCCGCUGGAGGCGCUCAUGGAGGUGUCUGUCUCCGACGGCGUCCACAGCGUGGCGGCGCUGUGCACCCUGCGGGUGACCAUCAUCACGGACGACAUGCUGACCAACAGCAUCACCGUCCGCCUGGAGAACAUGUCGCAGGAGCAGUUCCUGUCCCCGCUGCUGUCCCUGUUCGUGGAGGGCGUGGCCGCCGUGCUGUCCACCCCCAAGGACGCCGUCUUCGUCUUCAACAUCCAGAACGACACGGACGUGAGCGCCAACAUCCUGAACGUGACCUUCUCCGCGCGGCUCCCCGGCAGCAGCGGCGGCGGCGGCGGGCACGGCGGGCGCUUCUUCGCCUCGGAGGACCUGCAGGAGCAGAUCUACCUGAACCGCACGCUGCUGACCGCCGUGUCCGCGCAGCGCGUGCUGCCCUUCGACGACAACAUCUGCCUGCGCGAGCCCUGCGAGAACUACAUGAAGUGCGUGUCCGUGCUGCGCUUCGACUCCUCGGCGCCCUUCCUCCGCUCCACCACCGUGCUCUUCCGGCCCAUCCACCCCGUCACCGGCCUGCGCUGCCGCUGCCCGCCCGGCUUCACCGGCGACUACUGCGAGACCGAGAUCGACCUGUGCUACUCCAGCCCCUGCGGCGCCCACGGCCGCUGCCGCCGCCGCGAGGGCGGCUACAGCUGCGACUGCGUGGAGGGCUUCACCGGCGAGCACUGUGAGGUGGACGUGCGCUCCGGCCGCUGCGCCCACGGCGUCUGCAAGAACGGGGGCACCUGCGUGAACCUGCUCAUCGGGGGCUUCCACUGCGUGUGCCCCCCCGGCGACUUCGAGAGGCCCUACUGCGAGGUGACCACCCGCAGCUUCCCGCCCCGGUCCUUCGUCACCUUCCGCGGCCUGCGGCAGCGCUUCCACUUCAGCGUCUCGCUCGCGUUCGCCACCCGGGAGAGGAACGCGCUGCUGCUGUACAACGGCCGCUUCAACGAGAAGCACGACUUCAUCGCCCUGGAGGUCGUGGAGGAGCAGGUGCAGCUCACCUUCUCGGCAGGCGAGACCAGGACCACGGUGGCACCGCAGGUCCCCGGGGGCGUCAGCGACGGGCGCUGGCACUCCGUGCAGCUGCAGUACUACAACAAGCCCAACAUCGGCCGCCUGGGCCUGCCCCACGGGCCGUCCGGAGAGAAGGUGGCCGUGGUGACCGUGGACGACUGCGACACGGCCAUGGCCGUGCGCUUCGGUGGCCUCGUCGGGAACUACAGCUGCGCGGCCCAGGGCACUCAGAGCGGCUCCAAGAAGUCCCUGGACCUGACGGGCCCCCUGCUGCUGGGGGGCGUCCCCGACCUGCCCGAGGACUUCCCGGUGCGGAGCCGCCACUUCGUGGGCUGCAUGCGGAACCUGUCCGUCGACGGCAGGAGCGUGGACAUGGCCAGCUUCAUCGCCAACAACGGCACCAGGGCAGGCUGCGCCGCGCAGAGGAACUACUGCGACGGGGUGUGGUGUCAGAACGGGGGCACCUGCGUGACCCGGUGGAGCACGUACCUCUGCCAGUGCCCGCUGCGCUUCGGCGGGAAGAACUGCGAGCACGUCAUGCCCCACCCCCAGCGCUUCAGCGGGGAGAGUGUCGUGUCCUGGAGCGGCCUGGACGUCACCAUCUCCGUGCCCUGGUACCUGGGGCUCAUGUUCCGGACGCGGCAGGAGGACGGCGUGUUGCUGGCGGCCACUGCGGGCGGGUCCUCCCGGCUGCACCUCCAGAUCCUGGACAGCCACAUCCAGUUCGAGGUGUCCCACGGCCCCGCGGACGUGGCGUCCAUGAGGCUGUCCAGGUCACGCGUGACGGACGGGGAGUGGCACCACCUGCUGAUAGAGCUGAAGAGCGCCAAGGAGGGCAAAGACAUCAAGUACCUGGCGGUCAUGACCUUGGACUACGGCAUGGACCAGGACACGGUGCAGAUCGGGAACCAGCUCCCGGGGCUGAAGAUGAGGAGCGUGGUGGUGGGUGGCGUGUCUGAGGACAAGGUCUCCGUGCGCCGCGGCUUCCGGGGCUGCAUGCAGGGCGUGAGGAUGGGGGAGACGGCCAGCAACAUCGCCACGCUGGACAUGGACGACGCCCUCAAGGUCAGGGUGAAGGACGGCUGUGACGUGGGGGACCCGUGCGCCUCCAGCCCCUGCCCUCAGCACAGCCAGUGCCGUGACACUUGGGACAGCUAUGCCUGCGUCUGCGACAAGGGGCACUUCGGAAGGAAGUGUGUGGACGCCUGCCACCUGAACCCCUGCGAGCACACGGCGGCCUGUGUGCGCAGCCCGGGCGCCCCCCGGGGCUACGAGUGCGAGUGCGGGGCCCACCACCACGGGCCGUACUGCGAGAGCAGGGUCGACCUUCCGUGCCCCAAAGGCUGGUGGGGGAACCCCGUGUGCGGGCCGUGCCACUGUGCCGUCAGCAAAGGCUUCGACCCCGACUGCAACAAGACCAACGGGCAGUGCCAGUGCAAGGAGAACCACUACCAGCCCCUGGACCAGGACGCCUGCUUGCCCUGUGACUGCUUCCCCGACGGCUCCCGCAGCCGCGCCUGCGACAUGGACACGGGGCAGUGCGCCUGCAAGCCCGGCGUCAUCGGCCGCCAGUGCAACCGCUGCGACAACCCUUUCGCCGAGGUCACCGUGCUCGGCUGUGAAGUGAUCUACAGCGGGUGUCCCAGAGCGUUUGAAGCCGGCAUCUGGUGGCCGCAGACCAAGUUCGGGCAGCCCGCCGCGGUGCCGUGCCCCAAGGGGUCCGUGGGAAACGCAGUCCGGCACUGCAGCGGCGAGAAGGGCUGGCGGCCCCCCGAGCUCUUCAACUGCACCACGGCCUCCUUCGUGCAGCUCAAAGCCACGAACGAGAAGCUGAGCCGGAACGAGACUCGGCUGGACGGCGCCGGGGCGCUGCGGCUGGCCAAGGCGCUGCGGAACGCCACACAGCACGCGGGUGCGCUCUUCGGCCACGACGUGCGCACGGCCUACCAGCUGCUGGCCCGCGUCCUGCAGCACGAGAGCCGGCAGCAGGGCUUCGAGCUGGCCGCCACGCGGGACGCCGACUUCCACGAGGAUGUCGUCCACGCCGGCAGCGCCCUCCUGGCGCCGGGCACCAGGGCGGCCUGGGAGCACAUCCAGCGGAGCGAGGCGGGCGCGGCCCGGCUGCUGAGCCGCUUCCAGGACUACCUGGGCAACGUGGCGCGCAACCUGCGCAGGACCUACCUGCGGCCCUUCGUCAUCGUCACCGCCAACAUGAUCCUGGCUGUCGACGUCUUCGACAAGUUCAACUUCACGGGAGCCUGGGUGCCGCGGUUCCAGGACGUCCCGGACGGCUUCCCGGAGGAGCUGGCCUCCUCCGUGUUCUUCUCGGCCGACUUCUUCCAGCCCCCGGAGAGGAGGGACGGCCCCGCGGUGAGGCCCGGCAGUCGGAAGGCUGCCCCGCAGACCCCGCAGCCCCCGCGCCCCGGGCCCAGCCCUGAGAGGGAGGCCCCAUUCAGGAGGCAGAGGCGGCACCCGGACGAGCCCGGGCAGUUCGCCGUGGCCCUGGUGGCCAUCUACCGGACGCUGGGGCAGCUGCUGCCCGAGCACUACGACCCCGACCGCCGCAGCCUCCGGCUGCCCGGCCGGCCCGUCAUCAACACGCCGGUGGUGAGCGCGGCGGUGUACAGCGAGGGCACGGCGCUGCCCAGCCCCCUGGAGCGGCCCGUGCGGGUGCGGUUCGCCCUGCUGGAGACCCAGGAGCGCACCAAGCCCGUCUGCGUGUUCUGGAACCACUCGCUCACCCCCGGGGGCACCGGAGGCUGGUCGGCCAAGGGCUGCGGGCUGCUGUCCAGGAACCGGACCCACGUCACCUGCCAGUGCACCCACACCGCCGGCUUCGCGGUGCUCAUGGACGUCUCCAGGCGCGAGCACGGAGAGGUCCUGCCCCUGAAGAUUGUCACCUACGCGGCCGUGUCCCUGUCCCUGGCCGCCCUGCUGGUGGCCUUCGUCCUCCUGGCACUGGCGCGGACGCUGCGCUCCAACCUGCACAGCGCCCACCGGAACCUCAUCGCCGCGCUCUUCCUCUCGCAGCUGGUCUUCGUGGUCGGGGUCACCCAGACGGCAAACCCGUUCCUGUGCACGGUGAUCGCCAUUGCCCUGCACUACGUGUCCAUGAGCGCCUUCGCCUGGACCCUCGUGGAGAGCCUGCACGUGUACCGCAUGCUCACCGAGCCGCGCAACAUCGACGCCGGGCCCAUGCGCUUCUACUACGUGGUGGGCUGGGGCGUCCCGGCCAUCGUCACCGGCCUCGCAGUGGGCCUGGACCCCCAGGGCUACGGGAACCCUGACUUCUGCUGGCUGUCCCUCCGAGAUACCUUGAUCUGGAGCUUUGCCGGGCCCAUCGGGACGGUCGUAGCUGUCAACACGGUCCUGUUUGUGCUGUCAGCCAGAGUGUCCUGCCGGGGGAAGCGCCACUGCUACGAGAGGAGGGGGGUCGUCUCCCUGCUGAGGACCUCCUUCCUGCUGCUGCUGCUCGUCAGCGCCACCUGGCUGCUGGGGCUGCUGGCCGUGAACAGCGACGUGCUGGCCUUCCACUACCUCUUCGCCAUCUGCAGCUGCCUGCAGGGCCUUUUCGUCCUCCUGUUCCACUGCGUGCUCAACAGGGAGGUCCGCAAGCACCUGAAGGGGGCGCUGUCCGGGAAAAAGCCUCACCCGGACGACUCGGCCGCCACCAGGGCCACCCUGCUGACGCGCUCCCUCAACUGCCACACCACCUACAGCGAGGAGCCGCACCUGCUGCGGACGGCCCUGGGCGAGUCCACCGCCUCGCUGGACAGCACUGUCAGGGAUGAAGCUGGCCAGAAGCUGAGCGUGACCUCCGGCCCCGCGAGGGGCGGCCCCCGGGAGCCAGACUCGUCCUUCCCCCCCAGGAGCACCAAGAAGCCCCACGGCCAGGACUCGGACUCCGACAGCGAGCUGUCCCUGGACGAGCAAAGCAGCUCCUACGCCUCCUCACGCUCGUCGGACAGCGAGGACGACGGGGUGGAGGCCGAGGACAAGUGGGACCCGGCCGGGGGCCCUGUCCACAGCACCCCCAAAGCGGACGCCGCGCCCAACCACGUCCCUCCCGACUGGCCGGACGGGAGCCUGGGGGGCAGUGACAGUGAGGAGCCCGGCGAGAAGCCGCCCCUGAAGGUGGAGACCAAGGUCAGCGUGGAGCUCCACCUGGACCAGCAGGGCAACCACUGCCGCGAGCGCCCCCCUGACGGGGAGAGCGGCGGCGGCCCACCCAGGCCUGCGGGCGCGCCCCCCACGCAGCCCCCGGAGCAGAGAAAAGGCAUCUUGAAGAACAAAGUCACCUACCCGCCGCCGCUGACGGAGAAGACCCUGAAGUCGCGGCUCCGGGAGAAGCUGGCCGAGUGCGAGCAGAGCCCCGCGUCCUCGCGCUCGUCCUCCCUGGGCUCCAGCGACGGCGUGCACGGCCCCGACGGCGCCAUCACCGUCAAGACCCCGCGGCGGGAGCCCGGGCGCGAGCACCUCAACGGGGUGGCCAUGAACGUGCGCGCCGGGAGCGCCCCGGCCCACGGCUCGGACUCAGAAGGCAGUAACGAAACUUCAAUUUGAACCAUCAGGAAACCGUGAGACCGGCCCUCACCUCCGCCCAGGCCUCUGGGCUGCGUCGUGGCGCCCUUGGACGGCGGGGCCCGAGGGGCCGCUGCUGGGACAGUGAAGCGGGCCCUGGGGGUCUCUGACGUGGCAGCCCCAGGCCUGGCCCCUGGGCCACUGCAGGGGCUCGGGGCCAUCGAGCCUGUGACAAAUGCCAAAGGCCACAGGGCACGAGGAGGCGUGGACUCCCGGGCCGGCACGGCUGUUUCCUCGGACUGCGGACGGAGCCAAAGCCGUGCGCCGGCCUCACCAGGGGAGGGCUCAGCACCAGAGCCGGCGGGGCCGAGUUGGCCGUGCAUGCGAGGGACCACCAGGCGGGGCUUGCUGGGGUAUGGGGACACCAGGCACAGACGGAGGAGCAGAGCCCGGCCACCCGCCCGCCCAUGUGGGCACCUCCCUGCAGUUGGGGCCCCCGGCCAGCAGGCUGCGCUGAGCAGCCCGCUAGGAAGGCACGCCUUGUCUUAAAGCAGGUCGUGUGCCCCCUGUGGAGCAGGCGUAGUAGG